AUGAUUAAAAAAAAGAUAAGCGUGUAUCAACAAACUCAGGCCCUUUUAUACAAGAAUUUCCUUAAAAAAUGGAGAAUGAAAAAAGAGAGCUUAUCGGAAUGGACAAUAACAUUGCUUCUUGGGCUAUAUUUUUGCAUCUUUUCGGGACUCUUCAGAGCGACCCAUCUUCCUGAACAGCCUCCUCAUGUCCUGGGACGUGUGGAUGAAUUUAAUGACUCUGAUCUGGUGGUGGCAUAUACCCCAGUCACUAACAUGACACAGAAGAUAAUCGAUAAGAUGUCUUCGGCUUCAUUUAUGAAAGGAAGAAAAACCAUUGGGGUUGCUGAUAAAGAAAUGAUGGAUACGGUACUUUUAGAAAGCCAUCAUGAAAUGGUGGGAAUUGUGUUUAACGAUACUUUUUCGUAUCAGCUGAAGUUGAAUUGGGCAUAUGGACUCUCAAUUGCAGAAGAACACUCUGAAUACUCAGAACACUGUUGGGAUAUGCAUGAUGACAUUUUUUGUUACGUGACAAGAUACUGGCAAAAUGGGUUUGUGGCUUUUCAAACUGCGAUUAAUGCUGCAAUUAUAGAACUCACGACAAAUCAUUCUGUGAUGGAGACGCUGACAUCAGUUACUGGAAUAAAUAUGCGGAUGCCAUCCUUCAUUUCUAAGGGAGAAGUUAUAAAUACAUGGUUUAUCUUUAUUUGUAUAGUUUAUUUCUCCCCUUUUGUAUACUCUACAUCAUUAAAUGUUACAAAGGAAAGAAAGAAGUGUAAGAAGCUAAUGGCAGUGAUGGGUCUCCGGGAGUCAGCAUUCUGGCUCUCCUGGGGAUUAAUGUAUGCAGGCUUCGUAUUUAUCCUGUCCAUUGCUAUGGCUCUGAUCAUAACACUGAGCAAAACUGUAGUGAUUGUUGGCUUCCUGGUGAUCGUCACACUCUUUGUCCUAUAUGGCCUGUCCUUGAUAGCAUUGGCUUUCCUCCUGAGCGUGUUGAUAAAGAAACCUGUCCUUACCAGUUUGGUCGGGUUUCUCUUCACUACAUUUUGGGGAUGUCUGGGAUUCACUGUAUUGUACAGACAACUUCCUUCAUCUCUGGGAUGGAUCUUAAGUCUUUUUAGCCCCUUUGCCUUCACUGCCGGAAUGGCUCAGAUUUCACGCAUGGAUUAUUACCUGAUGGGUGUUACUUUUCCUGAUCCCUCUGGAGAGUCACACGUAAUGAUGGUUACUUUCUUCAUUUUGGCACUUGAUGCUCUUCUCUAUCUGAUACUAAUGUUAUAUUUUGAGCGAGCUUUGCCUGAUGAAGGUGGCCACCCGUGUUCACCACUGUUUUUCCUAAAGUCUUCAUUUUGGUCCCAACAUCGAAACACUCAUCAUGAAGUCUUUGAGGAUGAAAUCAAUCCCGAGCAUUACCCUGAUGACUCUUUUGAACCGGUGCCUCUGGAGUUCCAUGGAAAAGAAGCCAUAAGAAUCAGAAAUAUUAGAAAAGAAUACGAUGGAAAGCCUGAAAACGUAGAAGCAUUGCAAGGCAUAUUUCUUGACAUAUAUGAAGGACAAGUGACCGCAAUCCUUGGACAUAACGGCUCUGGUAAAUCGACACUGCUGAACAUUCUUAGUGGGUUGUCUGUUCCUACGAAAGGAUCAGCCACUAUUUAUAAUACCCAACUCUCUGAAAUAACGAACAUGGAAGAAACUAGAAUGAACAUUGGAUUUUGUCCACAAUUCAAUAUUCAAUUUGACUUUCUGACUGUGAGAGAAAACCUCAGGCUAUUUGCUAAAAUAAAAGGGAUUCAGUCCAAGGAAGUGGAACAAGAGGUGAAAAGAGUCAUAAUGGAAUUGGACAUACAAAACACUCAAGACGUUAUUGCUAAAAAAUUGACUGGUGGACAAAAGAGAAAACUGACACUUGGGAUUGCCCUUUUAGGAGAUCCUCAGGUUUUGCUGCUGGAUGAGCCAACUACUGGACUGGAUCCUUUUUCAAAGCACCAAGUUUGGAACCUCCUCAAGGAGCGGAAAACAAACCGUGUGAUCCUUUUUAGUACCCAGAUUAUGGAUGAGGCUGACAUCUUGGCUGAUAGGAAAGUGUUUCUGUCUAAUGGGAAGUUGAAAUGUGCAGGGUCAUCUUUGUUUCUGAAGCAAAAAUGGGGUAUUGGAUAUCAUUUAAGUUUACGCAGGAAUGAAAUGUGUAAUCUGGAGAGAAUCACAUCCCUCAUCAGGCGGCACGUCCCUGAUGCCAAGUUAAGAGCAGAAAGUGAAGAAAAACUUGUGUAUCUUUUGCCCUUGGAAAGAACAAACAAGUUUCCAGAUCUUUACAGGGAUCUUGAAAAGUGUUCUAAUCAGGGCAUAAUGAAUUAUGAUGUUUCCAUGACAACUCUGAAUGAAGUCUUCUUGAAUCUAGAAGGCAAAUCAACAAUUGAUGAGCCAGAUGUUGGCAUUUGGAAACAGGAGAAAGUCAAUGAGACAAGGGAUUCUGGAACUGAGUCUGAAAUGCAACAGGCUCCUUGCUCUCUUCCUGGAUUGAGAAAGGCCAUCAGUACCAGAACUCUCUGGAGACGACAGGUGUGUGCAAUGGCAAGGCUUCGCUUCUUAAAGUUAAGGCAUGAGAGGAAACUUCUUUUGUCCUUGUUACUAUUACUUGGUAUUCCUUUAAUCCCUACCAUUUUUGUGAAGAUAGUGGUUGCAUUAUCUCAUUCCACUCAUUGUCGGGAGCUCUCAUCCAGUAUGUAUUUUCUUUCUCUGGAACAACCCUCACAGACUCCUCUUACCAGUCUAUUGGUCAUCAACAAUACAGGAUCAAAUAUUGAAGACUUUAUGCAGGCACUGAAGCGUCAGGAUAUACUUCUGGAAGUAGAUGAUUUUAGAAAUAGAAAUGGCUCCGAUGAUCCUUCCUACAAUGGAGCCAUCAUAGUGUCUGGUGACCGGAAGGAUUACAGAUUUUCAGUUGUGUGUAAUACCAAGAGAAUGACUUGUUUUCCUGUUCUUAUGGGAAUUGUUAGCAAUGCGCUUCUUGGAAUUUUUAACUUUACCGAACUUAUUAAAACAGAGAGAAGCACAUUUCCUUUUAAUGGCGUCUUAGUGGAAUUUGGUUUUGUGAAUGGGCCUUUAUUUUUGCUGGUCCUUGCAAACUGCCUUUCUCCUUACAUUGGCAUGAGCAGCCUCAGCGAUCGCAAACAAAAAACUCAGUCUCAGUUAUGGAUUUCAGGCCUGUGUCCUUCGGCAUACUGGAUUGGACAGGCUCUUGUGGACAUUCCAUUAUACUGCUCAAUUCUUCUUUCGGUGUAUUUAAUUAACUGCCUCAUGGUUUUGGAAGUCAGAUUCCCACUGGUGCUCAUGUUUGCUCUUGUGGUUUGCAUAGUUGGUUGUGCAGCUUCUCUUAUAUUCUUCACGUAUGUGAUUUCAUUCAUCUUUCUCAAGAGAAGAAAAAAUAAUGGCCUUUGGUGUCUCGGGUUUCUUAUUACACCUUAUGACAAAAAGGAAAAUGAUACUCUGAAGGUGGUUUUAGAAGGCUACAGAACAUCUCCAAGGCAACCGGAAGAUGACACCGUCAAGUUCUUGGGGUACUGUCCUCAGGAGAACUCACUGUGGCCCGGUCUUACGGGGAAAGACCACCUGGAGCUGUACGCAGCAGUGAAAGGAAUGAGCAAACAGGAGGCUGCUCUGAGUACUUCUCGAUUGGUGGAAGCUUUCAAGCUCCAGGAACAACUUAAAGUGCCCGUGAAGGACUUAGCCCAAGAAGUAAAGAGGAAGCUGUGCUUUGCACUGAGCGUCCUGGGAGACCCAUCGGUGGUGCUUCUGGAUGAGCCAUCCACAGGGGUGGACCCCGAGGGGCAACAGCAAAUGUGGCAGGCAAUUCAGACCAUUGUUAAAAACACAGAGAAGGGUGUUCUCCUGACCACCCACUCCAUGGCGGAGGCUGAGGCUGUGUGUGACCGCGUGGCCAUCAUGGUGUCCGGAAAACUGAGGUGUAUUGGUUCCAUUCAAAAUCUGAAAAGCAAGUUUGGUAAAGAUUAUAUUCUAGAAGUAAAAAUAAAGGACCCCAUUCAGGUGGAACCUGUCCACACGGAGAUUCUGAAGCUUUUUCCGCAGGCUGCUCGGCAGGAAAGAUAUUCCUCCAUGAUGGCAUAUAAACUACCUGUGGAAGCCGUUCGCCCUCUGUCUCAGGCCUUUUUCAAAUUAGAGGCAGUGAAACAGACCUUCGACCUGGAAGAAUACAGCCUCUCUCAGGCUACCUUGGAACAGGUAUUCUUAGAACUCUCUAAAGAACAGGAGCUGGGAAAUCUUGAUGAUGAAGUUGAUACAACAGUUAGAUGGAAACUCCUCCCACAAGAAGAGCCUUAA